AUGAACCAAAGGAAAAGACGGCAAGUCUUGCUGCUGCGUGCGUGUGCGUGCUUGUGCUUGGAGGUAUGCGUAUGCCGCUCUGCUCUUUUUUUUUUCUUUCCCUCACUCUCUUUUUUCUCUGAGGGGGGUACUCCUGCUGCCGCUGUCUCUCUCUGUCGGUUUCUGCAGCCGUUGCUCCUCGGCCUUGACGGAUGUCGCAGAUACUGCUGGCCGUGGCCUAAGCCUAGUCGCCUAGAUGUUUCGCCCGUCCGGCGCAAAUUCGAGACGCUGUCGUUCUCGUUGUUUGCUUUGUGCGAUGUCUCCUUCGGUGGAGCACAGCGUUGCGCGCGCUGGCAGGCUAGAAUCAGAGAGCGUGCCGAUAGAGACUCUGGUACUGGCGAUUGGCGUAUCCUGUGCUGGUCGGUCGGUCGGUCAGUUCGAAGGAGUCGAGGCUGGAGUGAGAAGACUCGGUGA